AUGUCGACCAUUUCGCGGACGCUGAACAACCUGCGGAAGGAUUACUUUCGACAGAUGCUGUAUAUCGGCGACACCAAGCACGGCCGGCUCGUGGGACAGGACCGUGCGGGCAACAAGUUUUUCGAGAACAACGAGGAGCUGCCUCUGCGCACGCGCUGGGUCGAGUUCUCCCAGCACGACUAUGACGCCGCCCAGAUAGAGCCCGGCUGGCACGCCUGGAUGAGCUACAUGGUCGACCGCCCGCCCGCCGAGGACCCCCUUCUCGUCACCGGCACCCGCCCCUUUGAGAAGCCCGUCGCCAUCCCAAACUACACCCAGACGCGCGGCGCCUUCAAGACGUAUAGCACGACAAAGCCCAAGAUCAAGGCGUGGGAGCCCGUGGCUGCCCAGCGGACAUGA